AUGUACCAAGUCCCCCACCCAAAUCUAGUUUCAAAUGUCCACCGAGAUUGUGUCCAGAUGCCAUCACGUGAGCUUGGCUUCAUUGGUUUGGGUGUCAUGGGGUAUCCCAUGGCACUGAACCUGCUGAAGAAACUCGACAAUGGCGGAAAGCUGCACGUGUAUGACGUCUCAGAUGAGGUCUUGAGAAGGUUCGAGCACGAAGCUCCCCACCUGGUGUCUAUUUGUUCAAGUUCGCGCGAAGUUAUGGAAAGAUCUGAUAUCCUGUUUACGAUCGUUCCGGAAGGAUCACACGUCCGAACCGUGUACCUCGAUGACAAAAACGGGGUUUUAUCCGGUACGAUUGAAGAUAAAGUUUUUGUCGACUGUUCUACCAUUGACACAGGCACGUCGAUUGAGAUAAAUGACGCUGUUAAUAAGAAAUGCUCAACGGCACGAUUUUAUGACGCGCCCGUAUCUGGAGGCUCUCUCGGAGCCGCUUCUGGGACAUUGACAUUCAUGUUAGGCUGCAGAGAAGACGACCCAAAGCUGCCAAUAUUGAAUGACUUGCUGGGUGCCAUGGGGUCAUCGAUUUUCCCCUGCGGUGGGCUCUCGCUCGGCCUGACGGCAAAGCUCUGCAAUAACUACUGUUCCGGUCUCAUCGCAAUUGCUACCGCAGAAGCUUUGAAUAUUGGGAUCAAGUCUGGCAUCAAUCCUAUCUUGCUGUCUAAGAUUUUCACGACUAGUACAGCCCAGAGUACCAUCAACGACAAAUGGAAUCCAGUGCCAGGCGUCUGCCCAGAUGCUCCAGCUAGCAAAGACUACCAGGGUGGUUUCAAGGUGCAGUUGAUGAAAAAGGACUUUAAUCUCGCCGUUGAGACGGCGAAAAGAGUUGGCGCUCAGCUGCGCCUUGGAGAGUCGGGACUGGCGGUGUACCAAGAGGCUAGUGAGGACGACAGAUGUCGCGAUCGAGACUCACGGGUUGUAUUUCGGUAUAUUGGGGGCGAUGAACAUUGGGAGCAGUCGGAAUAA